AUGUGUGUUACAGUGGAAAUUACCUUGCCAACUAUACAAACAUUUUUGUUGUUGUUCUCGUUGCGAGUUGGCUGUUUAAUAAUUCUAUUCUGGACUUCGUUCCGGUCAUGUUUCUGCGUUUUGUUCUUCACAUCUGCGAUCCUGGAGGUACUGAUCCAUCGCAAAUCUCCACUGGGAUGGUGGCUGGUGUCACCCAGUAAGAAGAAUAUCGUAGCAGGGAACAUUUACAUCCUUUACUACUUAUACGUGGCUCUGCUAGUUGUUGAGGCGAUCCUGCUUUUGUUCACCGUCGUGCAUUUUGCUUGGGGAUUGUAUCAGGAAAAAUCUAGGCCAUUGAGGCAAUACCUUAUUUGCCGAUUCUUGACCUGGAUCGUGGAAGUUGCGGUCCUCCUUUUUCUCUGUAUUAAUCACAAGCUGCUGAUCGGAUGGUAUUUGGUGUUAUUGUUAUUUGUUAUCUUGGAGUUCUACUCGCUGAUAACUGUUUACAGUUAUUAUGUUAACGUCUCAUGCGAAGAUAACGAUCCGCAGAAUUAUCCGGAGAAAUUGCAAAAGAUGUAUAACUUUACCCCAAACUUGUAA